AUGGAGCCACCGUCAAUUCCAUUAAACCCUCGCCGGCGGCUGACACGAGAUUAUACCUCUGGCGAGCACACUACUCCGAGAACGACACCACCGUCAAGGGGACCUAUGGGGAUGGAAACAGAUUUCGACAAUCCUGUGCGAAAGACAAGUCUUGAGAUCCGCUCAGAGUCUGCCAAGUCGAAUGAUGGUAGAUACAGCAGUUUUCGGAGUCAUGGCACGAGAAGUCCGACGACCAGAGAUCCUUCCGAGACACGUAGCUCGGAAUCUCAGAUGACUGCGACUCCCAUGUCGGAAAAGGAGAAUUUCGAAGAACUACGGAAACUCGACUUCAACUUGGAAGCCAUCGACGAAAAGAGCUCAUAUGAGCCCUCAUUGACCAGCAUUUCUCGAGCCUCGCACAACACGGGCCUAACUUCGACUUCCGGCAGUAGACUGGCGGAUUUCUUUUCUCGAGAAGUCUUUCAGAUUGUUCUGCAUAACCCGACCACAUCUCACCAACUAUUAAAAUUCAGUCGGUCAAGGCUAUGUGGCGAGAAUCUGGAAUUCCUCGAGAAAGUGGACAAGUACAACGCACUACUCAACGAGGUCGCCAACAGCAUGUUCGAGAUUCAUCGCGACUAUAUUUCCGUCAACGCAGAAAAUCAGAUCAACAUCCCGGAGAACAUCCUGCUCAAAGUGAACAAGGAUCUCAAGUCCGCCCUUGCAUCCACGCUGCCGAAGCUCGAAUCUGUUUUUGUUGAUGCUCAGAACGACAUCGAGAGGCUAGUUAGCAUGGACAUCUACCCCCGGUUUGUGCGGCAUCAGAUGACCAUGAGCGCUGCUAAAGCUCUGGCUGGACAUCGAGGAAAAUAUGCCGGCUUGGGUGACUGCUUUGUUCUCACCGAUCCAGCCAAAGCAGACAACCCGAUCGUCUACGCCUCGGAUGGAUUUGUCAAGGUGACCGGCUAUGCGCGCAACGAGAUCAUUCCUCGAAAUUGUCGAUUCUUGCAAAACCGCCAUACGGACAAAUCGGCAGUGGCCAGACUCCGGGACGCAAUUCAAAACCGGGAAGAGUCAGUCGAAUUGCUCCUCAACCAGAGAAAGACGGGUGAACCGUUCUGGAACUUGUUGUACGUGACGCCUUUGUUUGAUGCCACAGGAAAUGUGGUCUUCUUCCUCGGUGGACAGAUUAACUGCUCGACCACCGUUCACAAUGCCUCGGACGUGCUCAGGAUACUAGCCAUGUCGAACGACACGGAUGAGAAAGCUGCUGAAGACGUUUUAUCCCCGCCACCAGAACAACAGAGGCAACAAUCUCGAACGAGUAAAUUCUUGUCGUCAUUCAGAAACAAGCCGGCUGCCGAACCACACCAGCAACCUGGUAUGGAGGGCGGACUUCUGACCAAGAUUGAGAAGAUGAAUUUAAGGAAGCAAAUGGACACUUUUUAUACUGCUUACUCCAAGUUUCUUGUGAUCAACUCCUCUACAAUGUACGUCUCAUUCCACUCGGCUGGCAUCGCGACGCUCUUGUACCCGACCAAACCAGUACCGAACAAUACCAUCCCACAGAUUGUCGGCAUGGAUAUCUUCCGCUUCCUGUCUGCACAUGCUCAGUCAAAAUUGAGUAGCGACUUUAAGAACCGAGUCCGCUCGUCCAUGAGGACGGGCCAAGCGGUAUCCCUCGACAUCACCCUCUGUACGCGCCGGUUUAUGGGCUACGAGAGGUUUGCGACGCACUGGACGCCGCUCAAGAACGAGGCGGACGAAGUCUCGUUCAUCAUUUUGACGCUGGGAAGUUUCCAGGAUUAGGAACACCUGGAAGACAUCGACGUUGCUAAAUUGAGCGAGCCUGAGGUUGCAAUUCCGAGAGAUGACGAUGACCGUGCGUAAUUACUGGUCAGGGC